GUGAGGUUCAGGAAAUAGGGGCCUCACUUUCUCAACCAUCUCGACACUCACCACUGCCCGCACAUCGCAUGUCGUUCUUCCGCAACGCAAAGGACGAGAUGGAGUUUCAGGAUGCGCAAAAGUUCGUGGUGCGAUCGAUCCAGGAGAUCACGGAUCGCUUUCAGAAGGUGCCUGGUAGCGCGAUGUUGAUCCGGUAUAUACGGUCGAGUUAUCAGGAUGAUCCGGUGCGCAGCGCCAUUGAGUUGGUGUUGGUGAUUUUCUUCGUGCGAUAUCUGCUUAGUCCGAGUUACAAGACGCAUACGGGGACUUUUGUGAAGUUGAGUGAGGAGGUGAGUGCUUCCUUUUUCUGGACGGAGGGGGGAGAAGAGCGGUGUUAAUGGGGGUUGGUGUAGGAGAUUGAUGAUUUGGUUGAUGAGUGGACUCCCGAGCCUUUGGUUGCGCCGCAGACGAGCUUUGAGAGGGAGGAGGAGGCUAAGUUGCCGGUUAUUGUUGGGUUCGUUUCUAUCUAUUCGUAGUUUGUGGAUUAGAUGGUUUGCUAACAAGAGGUAGUCCCACGGGUCCUAAAUCCAAACUCUCGAACGGCCGAACGGUCACCAAUCUCGCGUCCUAUAACUUCUACAAUUUCGUCGGAAAUGAACAAGUCAAAGAGAAAGCCAUUCAAACACUACGUACCUACGGAGUUGGACCUUGUGGACCUCCUCAGUUUUAUGGUACCCAGGAUGUUCAUAUGAAGACCGAGGCGGAUAUUGCGUCGUGUCUUGGAACGCAGGGGUGUAUUGUUUAUGCUCAUGCUUUUUCGACGAUUUCGAGUGUUAUUCCGGCGUUCUGUAAGAGGGGCGAUAUUAUUGUUGCUGAUCGCGCGAGCAAUUACUCGAUCAGGAAGGGGUUGCAGAUUUGUCGUAGCACGAUUCGGUAUUAUGAACAUAAUGAUAUGGAGGAUUUGGAGAGGGUUUUGCAGAAGGUUGUUAAGGAUCAGGCGAAGAAGCCGUUGACGAGACGGUUUAUUGUUACAGAGGGCCUUUCGGAGACGGUGGGGGAUUGUGUUGAUUUGCCUAAGUUGGUAUGUUAACAGUUCUUGCAAGGUGAGAGGAUAUUGGGUUUCUAAUGUGUCUACAGGUCGAACUCAAACACCGCUACAAGUUCCGCCUCAUGCUCGAUGAGACCUGGUCGUUUGGUGUCCUUGGUCGAACAGGCCGUGGUCUAACUGAAGCCCAAAAUGUAGAUGCCUCCCAAGUCGACAUGCUAAUCGGUUCCCUCGCUGGUCCUCUCUGUUCAGGUGGUGGUUUCUGUGCUGGUUCUACGGAUGUAGUCGAGCAUCAGAGAAUCUCCGCUGCCUCGUAUACCUUCUCUGCUGCUCUACCCGCUAUGCUUGCCACCACAGCGAGCGAGACUUUGAAUAUCCUUCAGAUGAACCCCGAUAUUCUGGUGCAGUGCAGAGAGAAUAUCAAGGCUAUGAGGGCGCAGCUUGAUCCAAGGAGUGAUUGGGUUAAGUGCACCAGUGCAGUGGACAACCCGGUUAUGAUUUUGGUACUCAAGGGGGAUGUGGUUAAUUCAAGGCGGUUGAGUACCGAGGAGCAGGAGAGAAUUCUGCAGGAGUGUGUUGACGAGGUAUAUUCCCAUUCCCACUCUUUCCCCCUUUCACAAGAGAUCUACUAAUCACCACCCUCCAGACACUACUCAACAACGUCCUCAUCACCCGUCUCAAAAGCAUGCCCGUUGGCCCCGGUGCCACGGGCAAAGACGGCGAUUGGAAACUGCAACCGGCGCUGAAAGUGUGCAUCACGACGGGACUGUCGAAGAAGGAGAUUGAGAAGGCGGGGAUUGUGAUUCGACAUGCGAUUACGAAGGUGAUGACGAGGAAGACUAGUAGUAAAUUGGCUUUGCCGGUUGCUUGAUUUGAGAUUCAUGGUUUUAUUGAUAUUGAUAUGUUUUAAAAGAAAUUUUGGGGGGCUUCCUUUUUUGGGGGGUCUCGGUAAUUCUUUUUCGUGUGAAUAUUUGAUCUUUUCUACUUUUCUUUCUUUUCCUUGGAUUGUAUAUCUUUUGGGGUGUGGUGAGGUUGGGUGGUGGGGGCUUGUGCUGUGUUAGGGCUACGGGGGAAUGGGGAUGUUUGAUGAAGGGAUGGAUGGAUAGAUAGAUGGAUACGAGGGUGGUGCGAAGGGUUAAUGUGUAAUUACUAUGCUGUUUGGG